CUUUUCUCUCUCUCUCUUCGUGUGCUCCGAAUAAUUAUUAGUUUAAUCAAUUAUCAUGGAAGUCUUCCCCACCAUCACAACACUCCCCAUUUCUACUCCACCCAUUACUGUUAUCAUAGCAGUUCCACUUCACUCCACACACACUCUCUCUCUUCUCUGUCUUUUGCAGGGGAAUAGUAUACCAAGAGAAGUCUAUCCAGAAAGACCGUUUUGGAAGAAGGGAUGGAAAUGGGUGUUUUUGUUUGGGUUCUCUCUCUGAUUUAUGCGAUUACCCUUUUGAGCCCUAGCUCCCUUGCUCUCAAUCAUGAUGGUCUGACAUUAUUGGAAAUGAAAAGCACUUUGAAUGACACUAGAAACGUCCUCAGUAAUUGGAAGGCUUCCGAUGAGUCCCCAUGCGAAUGGACUGGUGUCAUUUGCCAUCCUCAUGACCAACGAGUCCGCUUUAUAAAUCUACCUUACAUGCAGCUAGGAGGGACUAUAUCUCCCAGCAUUGGUAAACUGAGUAGACUACAUCGACUGGCAUUUCACCAGAACGGCUUACAUGGAAUUAUUCCUAAUGAAAUUACAAAUUGUACUGAGCUCCGAGCCUUGUACUUGCGGGCAAAUUAUCUCCAAGGAGGCAUACCGCCUGACAUUGGCAACCUUUCUUCUCUCACCAUAUUGGAUGUAUCAAGCAAUUCGUUAAAGGGUGCUAUACCUUCCUCUAUUGGCCGUCUAACACGGUUACGCUCUCUGAACUUGUCCACAAACUUUUUUUCUGGUGAGAUCCCAGAUUUUGGAGCUCUAAGCACAUUUGGGAACACCUCGUUUAUUGGCAAUCUUGACCUUUGUGGCCGGCAAGUAAACAGGCCAUGUAGGACUUCAAUGGGAUUCCCUGUAGUGCUACCACAUGCUGCAAGUGAUGAAGCAGCAGUCACUACCAAGCGAUCUUCUCAUUAUGUAAAGGGAGUGCUAAUUGGCGCAAUGUCCACAUUGUGCCUUGCACUGGUUGUGCUGCUUGCUUUGCUCUGGGCUUGGAUGCUAUCAAAGAAGGAAAGAGCAGCUAAGAGAUAUACGGAGGUCAAAAAGCAAGUCCAGCAAGAUGCAAGCACAAAACUUAUUACUUUCCAUGGUGACCUGCCAUACCCAUCAAGUGAGAUCAUUGAAAAGCUAGAAUCUCUUGAUGAAGAAGAUGUGGUGGGGUCAGGCGGGUUUGGUACUGUAUACAGGAUGGUAAUGAAUGAUUGUGGAACAUUUGCUGUUAAAAGGAUUGAUCGAAGUCGUGAAGGAUCAGAUCAAGUAUUUGAGAGAGAGUUGGAGAUAUUGGGUAGCAUCAAGCACAUAAAUUUAGUAAACCUGCGAGGUUACUGCAGACUCCCAGCUUCAAAGCUUCUUAUCUAUGAUUAUAUGGCUAUGGGCAGCUUAGAUGAUUUCUUGCAUGAGCAUGGGCCUGAAGAACAUACCUUGAACUGGGGUGCCCGAUUGAGAAUAGCCCUUGGUUCUGCCAGGGGUCUGGCAUACUUGCACCAUGACUGCUGUCCAAAGAUUGUGCAUCGUGACAUAAAAUCCAGCAACAUUCUCCUUGAUGAAAAGUUGGAGCCUCGUGUAUCAGACUUUGGUCUUGCCAAGCUUUUGGUUGACGAGGAUGCGCAUGUCACAACCGUUGUUGCUGGAACUUUUGGCUACUUAGCACCAGAGUACCUGCAAAGUGGGAGAGCUACCGAGAAGUCAGAUGUAUAUAGCUAUGGAGUCCUCUUGCUUGAGCUUGUAACUGGAAAGAGACCAACUGAUUCAACUUUUGUGAAGAGAGGCUUAAAUGUUGUUGGUUGGAUAAAUAUGCUGUUGAAACAAAACCGAUUGGAUGAGGUAUUAGAUAAAAGGUGCACAGAUGCUGAGAUGGAAUCUGUGGAAGCAAUUCUGGAAUUAGCUGCCACAUGCACAGAUGCAAAUCCAGAUGAUCGGCCAUCGAUGAACCACGUGUUGCAGUUACUAGAGCAAGAGGUCAUGUCUCCUUGUCCCAGUGAUUUCUAUGAAUCUCAUUCAGAUUACUGUUGAACAUUGCAUGUAGCAGUCCCCGAGUGUCAAUGCAAAAACUACUUCUGCUAGAAAGGGAUGUUACCUGUCUGACCAUGUUUUGUGAGUGAUUUACCCCCAUCUCGGGUCUGUAUAUCAUUUUCUUGCAAAUGGUGGAUGUUAUUAUGCCCAUAAUUUUUGUUCUGAUCCAGCGUAUAAAAUCAUAUUUGGAAGCUGUUGUCCAAAGAUUUUUUGAA